ACAAUAGGCCCAGUUUAAUGUAUUUGUGGUUGGACUCCGCACUGACUAUUGUGGUAAGGUGAAAACAUUCCGUCAAGUAAUUGAGGUUCAUCGUGAAGAGCUAACAAGCCUCCAGAAAUACUGGCAAGAAACACUCCAAAGCUUAAGCCAACGCAAUAAAGAACUCUUGAAAGAAAAGAGAAAGCUACUGUUGAUCAACAAAAUGGAAAUUGAAAGACUAGAAAAGGAGAAAGCUGUUGUAAUAUCAGACUUGACUUCAAAGAUGGAUGCCGGGCAUCACCAGUUGACCAGCGCAGCCAAAGAUCGUGACAGCAUGCUUGAAGCUCACAUGUCUGAGCUUAAGAGAAUAGAAGACAGUCAUCAAGAAGAGAAAAAGAUCCUUGAAGACCAACUUACUUCAGAGAAAGAUGAGAAGUUAAGGUUACAACAAAUGCUAGACUCUCGACCGAGGGAGACUCUGGCAGAGUCGGAAAAUACGGGAGCAGGGAAUGCAUCAUCGUUUGCCGUGCUGGCAGCAACAUCUGGAAUCUCACAGGAGGAGAAGGAAAAAUUAGAGGAAGAGAAGAUAAGACUGGAAGCAGAGAGAAAUCGAUUCCAACAAGAGAAGGAGCAGUAUCAGGAAAAGAUGCUUCAAUCUCAGAAGGUAACAGAUUGGUUUAGCAGUAGGACCCCUUCUUUGGGACACCCAUAUUAUGGGGACACUUUAUCAGGCACUAAAUGA